CAGACAGCAGAGUUGUGACCGGGCCCCAGCAGCUCCUGUGUACGGGGACAGCCCGGGUGUAAUAGCGCCCAUUGUACCCGGAAAUGAGCACUCUCCUCCACCCCGCAGCCGGCACAGAUACCACCCUGUCCUCCCGCCCACGGUGUCCCACGUCCUGCUCCCUACACCUCCCUCUCCCCGCCCUCAGAGGCAGGCUGUGUGCGGAGAGCGCGGGCUUCGGGCUGCCGUGUAUAAUACUCUCCUUCAGCCGGGAAUAGAAACGCUUUGCUCGGCAGGUGUGGCGCCCUUCAGCCCAGCGCUCACAAGCAGCCAUUUUGAAUCACAACAGACAAAGACGGGACACCCCCCAGCACUACCCCCGCCGCGCUCAGUCCUAUGUGCUCGUCCUCGAGCACAGCUCCGAGCUCAGGCAACGCGCUGCUCUCCAUCCCGAGCCCUGAGCUCACUACCACCCCGGGAGCAACGCUCCUUUCCCUCCCGGAUCACCAAAUACCGCUCGCAGCCAUUUGCCCACGCUCUAUAUAGGGCGGCGCCGGCCAAUGGGAGCACUCGCCUGCCGUGACGUAGGUGGCUAGCCGCGCUUGCGCAGAGCGCCGCUGCCCUCCUGAGUUGAGCGGCGGAGUAAAGAUGGCGGCGGGUUCGGAUCUGCUGGAUGAUGUCUUCUUCAACACGGACGUGGACGAAAAAGUGGUCAGUGAUCUGGUGGGUUCUUUGGAGUCUCAGCUGGCAGCCGCCACCCACCACCACCAUCAUCACCACCACCAGCAGCCGCAUCCGGGCCCCCCCGAGGUCCGCAGCCAGGCCCUAGCCAACCAUGUUGCCAGUCCUGGGGUAGGGGCAGCCAGUGCUGGGGUCCAACCAGAAGCCAAGAUAGGACUCUCCUCCGAGAUGCCCAAGACAGGAGCAGCUGUACCUGGAGUUCAAGGAAGCGUUAUUAACAACAGCCGACCGCAAACAGCAGUGCAACCAGAUGGAGUUGGGUCUGCUGGAUCUGAAGCACCUGGACCACUCAGUCAGGCCAAAGCUGGGGUCCUAGGCAGCAUUGCUACUUCUGUGCCCAACCAUGGCUCAGGGAAUGGCAAAACCCUGCAAACCAUGAACGGGAGUAAUGUUGUAAUAAAUUCUCAUGGACCUGGUGGGCAUGGAACCUCAUUUCAGGUGAACAGUAAUCCAACGCCAGGUGUUAAUCUUGUCAACAAUGGCCCAGCUCCUGUCGCCAAGGGUGGUGUAAAUGCUGGAGCGAACACAGUGAUCCAAACUUCUUAUCUUACAACGACUAAUGUGUCAGCCUCUGUCAUCUCCUCAUCCACAUCUUCUGCAGGGGCAGCUGGACAGCCUGCAGGCUUGGUUGGUGUACCCACUACUGUAGCGCUGGUUAGACCUAUUGUGCAUCAGGGAGUGCCAGCCACUCAGAAUGGAAGCAAUACUGUGAUUAAUUCCCCGUUGCCAGCUCCUGGAGGGAUACCUUUGCAAAUGAAUAGUCAGCCCAACCCGGCUACUAGCCAGGUGAUCAAGUCUGAAUCCCCCAAAACCAUUAUUCAGACUCCCCAACAGAGCCAGCCUAACCCUGGAAACAUGGUUAUAGGACAGACUAUGCAAGCAGGUCAUCCUGGCCCUGGAGGGGCAACUUCUGCACCUGGCACUCCUACAGGAAUGGGCAAAACUACAGUCAGCACUGUGCCUCCAAGCUUGCCAAGGACUCCUACAGCACCAGCUUGUGGAAUUAGGGCAACCAUUACACCUCCUAUGUUAGCUCCACGUGUGCCGCAGCCUCCUCAAAACCCACCCAACAUCCAAAACUUUCAACUUCCCCCAGGGAUGGUCCUCAUACGGAGUGAGAAUGGCCAGCUGUUAAUGAUCCCCCAGCAGGCUCUAGCCCAGAUGCAGGCUCAGGUUCAAGCACAGGCCCAGUCACAAGCCCAGAAUGCAAUGGCUGCUCGGCCCGCAACGCCUAACAGCGCCCCACCGGUGCAGAUAUCCGCAGUGCAGUCUCCUGGAGCACCUCUGCUGGCAAGGCAGGUCACACCAACUACCAUCAUAAAGCAAGUAUCUCAGACACCGACAACUGUGCAGGCCACAACAACACUACAGCGACCUCCUGUUGUACAGAAUCAGAUAGUCCUCAGCAGCACGGCACAAACUGCCACUUUGGGCACAGCAACGGCCGUACAGACUGGAACACCUCAGAGAUCGGUGCAAGGAGCUGCCACCCCAACGACUGCCACCACGGAAACUAUGGAAAAUGUGAAGAAGUGUAAGAAUUUUUUAUCUACAUUAAUAAAACUGGCUUCAUCGGGUAAACAGUCCUCUGAGACGGCAGCUAACGUGAAAGAACUAGUACAGAAUCUGCUGGAUGGAAAAAUAGAAGCUGAGGAUUUCACCAGUAGAUUAUACAGAGAACUGAAUUCUUCACCUCAACCUUACCUUGUGCCUUUUCUGAAGAGGAGCCUCCCUGCCUUGCGCCAGCUGACACCUGACUCGGCAGCCUUUAUCCAACAAAGUCAGCAGCAACAGCCGGCCGCGCAGGCCACGACAGCCCUCACCGCAGUCAUGUUAAAUAGCUCUGUGCAGCGUACAGCUGGGAAGACCACUGCCACAGUCACGAAUACAUUACAGCAACCCGUCAUCAGCCUUGCACAAACUGCACAGUCCAAACCCGGACAGCCAACUCCACUGGUUAUCCAGCAGGCACAUAAAGCAGGCGCAGUGGUAAGGCCCCCGCAGGUCACAUUGACUCAGACACCCAUGGUAGCACUUAGACCACCUCAAAGUCGGAUUAUGCUCACCACGCCGCAGCAGAUACAGUUAAAUCAUUUACAAACGGUCCCAGUGGUGAAGCCGACAAUUAUAACAGGAAACAAAUCAUUUCCCACAACCUCAAUGCAAGCAGUAGCCGCACAGAAAAAUAAAUUAAAAGAACCAGGGGGAGGGUCGUUCAGAGAUGACGACGAUAUUAAUGACGUGGCGUCUAUGGCGGGUGUAAACCUGUCCGAGGAAAGUGCACGAAUCCUGGCAACAAAUUCCGAGUUGGUGGGCACGUUAACGCGAUCUUGUAAAGAUGAAACGUUUCUUCUGCCAUCGUUACUGCAGCGGAGGAUACUAGAGAUCGGUAAGAAACACGGGAUAACGGAAAUCCAUCCGGAUGUGGUUGGCUAUGUCUCUCAUGCUACACAGCAACGACUACAGAAUAUUGUAGAGAAAAUUUCAGAAACUGCACAGCAAAAGAAUAUUUCUCAUAAGGAGGAUGAUCGGUACGAGCAGUCAAGUGACGUGCGGACACAACUUAAGUUCUUUGAGCAGCUCGACCAAAUAGAGAAACAGAGAAAGGAUGAACAGGAGAGAGAGAUUCUCAUGCGGGCAGCAAAGUCUCGGUCACGGCAGGAAGAUCCUGAACAGUUACGGCUAAAACAGAAAGCUAAGGAGAUGCAACAGCAGGAAUUGGCACAAAUGAGGCAGAGAGACGCCAAUUUAACAGCGUUAGCAGCUAUUGGCCCUCGAAAAAAGAGGAAAGUGGAAUCACCGGGCCCCGGUUCUGGGUCAGAGGCAUUGAGCACAAGUUCAACACCCUCCAGCAGUUCUGGGGCAGGCAGCAGCAGACAGUUUACAAGACAAAGGAUAACGCGAGUCAAUCUCAGGGACCUCAUAUUUUGUUUGGAAAACGAACGAGAGACAAGCCAUUCACUAUUGCUAUAUAAAGCAUUCCUUAAGUGAAAAACAAAUAAAACAAAAACUCAACAAAAAUGGAAAAGAUCAAGGUAUUUUUUUUUUUUUUUUUUUACAAAGACGACACCCCCCCACUCCUUGCCGGGACUAUUUUAUAUUUUGCAGAUUCUUUUGCCUUUUUAUUUGUUUUUGACAUGGCAAUUGUUUAACAGCAAUCCAAAAUCUAUCCAUUUUUAAAUAUAUACUGCUUCACGAAAACUCCCUUGUUGGCAAACGGUGCGGUAAGCUGCAAGAGACCAGAUUUCCUGGAUGGACAAGUCGACGUUGAGAAAAGCUGCCUUCUGCAAAAACAAGCCAUAUGUGGAAUAGAUUUUGUUUUUAAAGAAUGGAUUCUUUUUUAAAACCCUGUUUUUACUCUCUGUUCACACCAGUGAACUGGAUAUUAUGAGCAUUUUGCCCUUUUAAUAAAUGGUCACCACUUUUUUUGCAGAUGGCAGAGCCAAAUUUGCUCCCUUCCUUCUCAUAUUUAUUGGUUUUACCUGCUCGAGCACAUGGGAUCCACAUACCAGAAUCCUCUUUGCCUUUCUAAUUUUAGUAAAUCUACACUUUUUGUGUGUGUGUGUUUUCUUUUAUUAUUCAAAUGAACCUCAACCUUCAAAUCAUUUUCCACAAUAAAACUUUAGAGAAGUGUUUAUCUGUAGGUAAACAAAUUGAAAUUUUGGUGGGGGAUGGGGCAGGGAAUUUUUUUUUUUUUACCACGCUAUGCUAUCAUGCUUUUUUUAUUUGCAAAUAUAUUUCCUGCCGGCGCAUAUAUAUAUAUAUAUAUAUAUAUAUAUAUAUAUAUAUAUAUAUAUAUAUAUAUAUAUAUAUAUAUAUAAUAUGCGCAUCAUUUUCAUUUAUGUUUCAUGAGAUGAACGCUCUUCACCUGCACUCUGCCAGAGACUCCUGUGUUUAUUGCACAGAGGGGUAUAAAUUAAAGCUUAGUUUUUGUUCUCGCCCUCCCCUGUCCUCUGAUACACAGUCUACAUAGCUUGCUGCGAUAUGUUGGGUAGUUACUGUAGAUAAGUUUUGGCACAUGAUAGUGGGGGAGGGGGAAUAGUAUAACAUGAAGUCCCCCAUUCUACCACUAAUUACUAUAUAAAAACCAUAAUUAUUUUGUUAAUAACAGUAUGCAAGCUUUGGAGACAAACUUUCUGUCGCCAUGGCAAUAGCCCGUCUUUGUACCUAUUUUUUUAUUGCGGAAAAAUAAAUAUACUAAUUGGUUCUUUAUAUUUUCAGAGGUUACUGUAUUAAACUGUUGAUUGGUAAUACUUUUAUGAGUGUAAAUAGUCUGGCUUUGUGUGUUCCCCUUAUUACAGAAAUCUCUGCCUUGUUCACAGAACUCUGAUCAGUAUUUGUAUCUGACCGCUGUUACAUCACAAUGUCGUCUCCCCCCGCCCGCCGAUCUUGUCUUUCCAUUUUGUUUUCUUGUACAUUUUGCACAGUUACUUGUUCAUAUGUAAAUAUAUUACUUUCAAAAAUGAAGUUUUUAAUUGCUAUUGUUUUAUAUAGGAUUGAAAGAAAAUUAACUC